UCUCGCAUCUUCCGCCAGUGAUUUAACGUGGCUUGCGUCUGUUCGUUGUAAUCUUUAGACUCCUCACCAUCACGCACUUUUGAUUCCCUUCAGCAUCAUUCCCUCAUAAUGACCAGCUCAUCCGCUACUUCAUCUCCUUCUCAGAUUCAUCAGAACGUCGUUCCUUCUGAAGUCGGAUGGCAAUUUGUUCCUCAGUAUUACACUUUUGUUAACAAGCAGCCCAAUCGUUUGCAUUGCUUCUAUACAAAAACCUCCACCUUCAUUCAUGGUACAGAGGGCGAGGAUGUCAAGGCAUGUUUUGGUCAGCAGGAAAUCCACAACAAGAUUACCUCUCUUGGCUUCGACGAUUGCAAAGUCUACAUCCACUCAGUCGACGCCCAGUCUAGUGCCAAUGGUGGUAUCAUCAUUCAGGUCAUCGGUGAAAUGUCAAAUCAUGGCGACCCUUGGCGCAAGUUUGUGCAGACCUUCUUCCUUGCAGAGCAGCCAAACGGUUAUUUCGUCCUCAAUGACAUCUUCCGCUUCCUGAAGGAGGAGACUGUGGAAGAUGAUGCCAGCGAACCUGAGGCUUCCUCUACUACACCUUCUGAACCUGCACCUGAAUCAGUUCGCGAGCCGACUCCCCCGCCCCCCGCUCCUGUUUCUGAACCCGAGGUCGAAGAGCCAACCACUAUGGUCUCUGAGCCCAUUUCCCCACCCCCUGAACCCGAACGUGCUCCAGUUGAGGUCAACGGUAUCCAUCACGAGCCUGAGAUCAAACGGGAACCCACUCCUGAGCCAUCCAUUCCUGAAGCUGAGCCAGAGCCUGAACCUCCCGCUCUGAUUGCGCCGCCACAAGCGCCUGCUCCUCCACCGCUUGUUGCGCCGCCACCAGCGCCUGCACCUCCCGCUCUGGUUACUCCACCACCAGCUCCUGAACAGGUACCCGCUCCUCAGCCCCCAGCUCCUGCACCAAAACCUGCAGCACCAAAAACGUGGGCCAGCCUCGCUGCCGCUGACUCUAAGCGCUGGGGCGCACAGGUAGCUACUGAAUCAAAAGGGAUGUCCGAGGUUCCUGCUUCUGCAGCAACUCCAGCACCUCCGGCUGGUAAUACCCCUUCUCCUGCUCCACGGAGAGAGCACUCGCACUCACUUAUCGCUUCUGCCAAUGCACUUACAACCUCCCAGUGCUUCGUCAAGGGUGUCACUGAGGUCGUGUCGCAACAGCAACUGAUAACUCUUUUGGCCCGCUUUGGUACUGUCAAGGAUGUCGAGAUCGUGCGCAGCAAAGCUUGUGCCUUCCUCGAGUUCAACAGCCUUGAUGCUGCUAAGAAAGCAAUCAUCGCUUCGCUUCCUAACAACUCUGGUGGCGAGGGUGGGCUGCGCUUCGAUAGUCCCGAGGGCAGCGUCCGGAUUAUCGUCGAGACCAGGAAAGAGCGUGGCGACCGGCCUAUCAGUCGGCCACGGGGUGGCGCGCCUAACGGCGAGUCUAGGGGUUCGUUCCGGGGCCGUGGCGGACCUCGGGGUCGUGGCGGCCCUCCGCCCCCCAAACAGUAAGAACACAUGUGCAUGGUGGUUCGGAGGGGUGAGGGGUGCUCAUCUGCGUGGUAUACUUGUUGUCCUAAGCUUAUUUCAUUUGCUUUUGUCCAUGUAGACGUGCGUGGUGGACGUAAUAUAAUGCGAAAACCACCCUCGUACUCGUUUAUUUUACUUGCUGUCGUGUUUUGGUAGUGAUUUAGUUAAUGAAUUCAGAGGUUUUCAUUG